AUGUUUCGUAAAAUCUUUAACUAUGCCAAGUUGGCGGGUCCCUCCCCACCACACCAUACCCACACUGCGUGUGAUCGAGUCAAGCUCUGCCAAACCAAAGCAAAUCCAACCGAAGCUUUUCUAAGAGCCUCACCCCUGCUCCAUCCAUUCAUCAACCACCACCACUUCAUAGAUUUACCACUAGUCACUACGGUGCCUACCAAACUACUCGAGUACUUACAUACAGCACGUCCUCACCAUCAAUACCACUACCGCAGUCCUUGCCACCUUCACCUUCCCCAUCACCCGAUUAAAGCAAGCAUAAACAAUGGGCAGUAUUGGAAUCCCAAUAAAGCUCCUCAACGAGGCCCAGGGCCACGUCUGCACUCUAGAACUAACCUCUGGCCAAAUAUUCCGCGGCAGACUUUUCGAAGGCACUUCCCCCCCUCCUCCUAUCCACCCCCCCCCCCACGAUCCCCCCGACUAACGCAUGUGAAAUAA